AUGAAGCAACUACUGCGGAAAUGUCAAGCACCCGUGGUCCCCAAGACCAUUGUGGGUCUGCAGACCCAAGGCAGCCGAAUCAUUGUCAGCGACGUCCGCGAGAGUGUGACUUACGUUGUCUACAAGUACCAGGACAAUGUCUUGAUUCCAUUCGCGGAUGAUUCGAUCGCACGCUGGACAUCGAGUACCACCAUGGUUGAUUACGAAACGACAGCUGGCGGUGACAAGUUCGGAAAUCUGUGGCUGGUCCGUUGCCCUAGCAAGGUCUCUGAACAGGCGGACGAGGAUGGAUCUGGGGCACACCUCAUCCAUGAAAAGGGCUAUCUCCAUGGAACUCCCCACCGUCUCGAGUUGAUGGUUCACUUCUUCGCCCAGGAUAUUCCCACCAGUUUGCACAAGACCCAAUUGGUCGCUGGAGGCCGUGACAUUAUUGUCUGGACUGGCCUCCAAGGCACAAUUGGAAUGUUUGUUCCUUUUGCCAGCCGUGAGGAUGUCGACUUUUUCCAGCUUUUGGAGACCCAGCUGGCUUCCCAGCAACCCCCUCUGGCUGGACGAGACCAUUUGAUGUACCGCGGCUACUAUGCCCCUGUGAAGGGCGUCAUUGAUGGAGAUCUUUGUGAAAUGUAUCUCCUGCUGCCUAAUGAUACCAAGUUGAUGAUUGCCGGUGAACUCGAUCGAUCUGUUCGGGAGAUCGAGCGCAAGAUUUCGGAUAUGCGAACACGGGUGGCGUAUUGA